CAGAAAAUUUUUAAUCCAAUUCAAAGGAAUUCUAAUCUAAAAAUAAAUGUGCAAAAUAAUCAACAUAAAAUAAUGACUCGUGGUAACCAACGAGAUUUAGCUCGACAAAAAAACCAAAAGAAACAACAAGAAAAUUCCAAAAAGAAAUCUUCCACAAGCGAUGGUCUCACAUUGGAACAAAGAAAAUUUAGAGAUGCCGAAAAAAUGAGACAAAAACAAAAGGCCAAAGAUGAAAAGGAAAAAAAGGACUAA